AAAAGCCAAGAAGAAGAAGGAGGAGCAGAGUAAAGAUGGCGGAUCGGAGCGGUCAAGGAACAUAAACAUCGCUUCGAGGCUACUGAGCAGCAGCAUGGCUCACCGCUACCUGCGGCUGUGCGCCGGCUACACGAGCACCUCCCGGCUGCUGCGGGCCCCCAACGCUGCGGCCCGGCCGGUGAUGUGUUCGAGCGCUGCGGGACAGGUAGAGAGGGGGCGGAGCCUGCUGAGUGACCUGCUGGGAGUUUACACGAGGCUGAGCUCCAGACCACCGAAAGGUUUUGAGAAAUAUUUUCCAGGAAGUCAGAACACUCCAAAAAACAGUGAAGCCGAAGCAGCAACCAAAGAGGCCAAACCUGCCAACGCUCAGAGAUCUUCUGGUGGAGGAGGAGGUGGAAAAGGUGGAGGUAGAGCAGGAGGAGGAGAUGGAAAACGAGAAGGCCGCAGGGAGGAGUCCCAUUGGUACAGCCGUCUCCAGAAGGGGGAUGUUCCCUGGGAUGAUAAAGAGUUUCGGAUGUACUUGCUGAGCGGAGCAGUGUUCUGGACCACCGUCACCUAUUAUUUCUUCUUUAGGGACGGCGGACGAGAAGUCACCUGGAAGGACUUUGUCAACAACUACCUGUCCAAAGAAGUGGUGGACCGACUAGAGGUGGUCAACAAGCGUUAUGUUAAAGUGGUCUUCUCUCCGGGGAAGACGCCGGUGGACGGGCAGUAUGUGUGGUUCAACAUCGGCAGUGUGGACACGUUUGAGAGGAAUCUGGAGACGGCUCAGUAUGAGCUUGGCAUUGAGGGAGAGAACAGACUGCCGGUGGUUUAUUCCACAGAGAGCGAUGGCACCUUUCUACUGAGCAUGCUCCCCACGGUGCUCAUCAUUGGCUUCCUGCUAUUCAUGCUGCGGCGGGGCCCGGCGGGGGCGGGGCGUCCUGGCCGGGGGAUGGGCGGCUUGUUCAGCGUCAGUGAGACGACGGCGAAGAUACUGAAAGACGAGAUCGAUGUGAAGUUCAAAGAUGUGGCCGGCUGUGAGGAGGCCAAGCUGGAGAUCAUGGAGUUCGUCAACUUCCUGAAGAACCCCAAACAGUACGAGGACCUGGGUGCUAAAAUCCCCAAGGGAGCCAUCUUGACGGGUCCUCCUGGAACAGGAAAGACUCUUCUGGCCAAAGCAACGGCCGGUGAGGCCAAUGUACCAUUUAUCACCGUCAACGGCUCAGAGUUCCUGGAGAUGUUUGUGGGCGUCGGUCCUGCCAGGGUUAGGGAUCUGUUCGUCAUGGCGAGAAAGAACGCUCCCUGCAUUCUUUUCAUCGACGAGAUCGACGCCGUGGGGCGGAAGCGAGGACGAGGAAACUUCGGCGGACAGAGCGAGCAGGAGAACACGCUGAACCAGCUGCUGGUGGAGAUGGACGGCUUCAACACAGCCACCAACGUUGUAGUUCUAGCAGGAACCAACAGACCCGACAUACUGGACCCGGCUCUGAUGAGACCCGGACGCUUCGACAGGCAGAUCUAUAUCGGACAUCCUGAUAUUAAAGGGCGAGCGUCCAUCUUUAAAGUCCACCUGCGUCCUCUGAAGCUGGAGGUGGACUUGGACAAAGACGCUCUGGCCAGGAAGAUGGCCGCCCUCACACCUGGAUUCUCAGGUGCCGAUAUCGCCAACGUCUGUAAUGAGGCGGCUCUGAUCGCCGCUCGCCACCUUUCAGACGCCAUCAACCAGAAACACUUUGAGCAGGCCAUCGAGAGAGUGAUCGGAGGUCUGGAGAAGAAGACUCAGGUGCUGCAGCCGGAGGAGAAGAAGACGGUGGCGUAUCACGAGGCGGGGCACGCUGUGGCAGGAUGGUUCCUGGAGCACGCCGACCCUCUGCUGAAGGUGUCCAUCAUCCCCAGAGGGAAGGGUCUGGGUUACGCUCAGUACCUUCCCAGAGAGCAGUACCUGUACACCAAAGAGCAGCUGCUGGACCGCAUGUGUAUGACUCUGGGAGGCAGAGUCUCCGAGGAGAUCUUCUUCGGUCGGAUCACCACCGGAGCCCAGGACGACCUCCGAAAGGUCACGCAGAGCGCCUACGCACAGAUCGUUCAGUUCGGGAUGAACGCGAAGGUGGGCCAGGUGUCCUUCGACCUCCCCCGGCAGGGUGAGAUGGUUCUGGAGAAACCGUACAGCGAAGCCACGGCUCGUCUCAUCGACACCGAGGUUCGAAUUCUCAUCAGCGAGGCGCACCAGAGAACCCACCGACUGCUAAGUGACAAGAAGCCGGAGGUGGAGAAGGUGGCUCUGCGGCUGCUCGAGAAGGAGGUUCUGGAUAAGAGCGACAUGGUGGAGCUGCUGGGUAAACGUCCAUUCAUAGAGAAGUCGACGUAUGAAGACUUUGUGGAGGGAACCGGCAGCAUGGACGAAGACACCACGCUGCCGGAGGGUCUGAAGGACUGGAACCAGGAGAGGAAGGACGAGGAGGAGAGCCCGGAGGAGCAGGUGGCCCGGCAGAUCUCUGGAGGAAUGCCUUUCUAGAACCCUGGGAUGGAUUCUGAUCCAUCACUCUCACAUGUAUCUCAAAUAUCAUCCACUCCCUGAAUAAACCUUCUCUGUGAGCCGCCA